CCCUUCCCGCCCCUGGCCAAUGGGAGGUAAGUUCGAUCGGCGGCGCUGGGCUGGAGGUGCCUUUGACGGCACGUGCGGGCCCAUGGCGGUUCCUCUGCGCGCGAGUCCCUGGGGCGCCCCGCGCUGAGCCGCGAGCCGCCCCCCGGCGGAUGGAAGCGCGGGCUCCCCGGGGCCGCUGCUGGGUGCUGCCCACCGCGCUGCUCUGCCUGUACGGCUUCUUCGCCAGCCUGCGGCCCUCGGAGCCCUUCCUCACCCGCUACCUGCUGGGGCCGGACAAGAACCUCACCGAGACCCAGGUUUUCAAUGAAAUUUAUCCGGUAUGGACCUACUCUUAUUUGGUGUUGCUGUUUCCUGUAUUCCUUGCAACAGACUAUCUCAGGUAUAAACCUGUAAUCCUUCUCCAGGGACUGAGCCUUAUAGUGACGUGGUUCAUGCUGCUCUACGCCCAAGGAUUGCUAGCUAUUCAGUUCCUCGAGUUCUUCUAUGGAUUGGUGACAGCUACAGAGAUUGCCUAUUAUUCCUACAUCUAUAGCAUUGUGGAUUUGAACUUGUACCAGAAAGUCACCAGCUACUGUCGAAGUGCCACCCUGGUGGGUUACACUGUGGGUUCCAUCUGUGGACAGGUUCUGGUAUCGGUUGCCAAUUGGUCUCUGUUCAGCUUGAAUGUCCUCUCCCUGACCUCUGUGUCUGUGGCUUUUGCCACAGCUUGGUUUCUGCCAAUGCCACAGAAAAGUCUUUUCUUUCACCACGUCUUGAGAAGCCAGGUCAGUAGGGAGAUGAAAGUUCUAGAUUGUAAAAAUGGAGCUGUCAUCCAAGAUGAUCCUGCCUUAAAAAGGGUCCCUGGGUGGGAAGAUAUUGAAUCGAAAGUUCCCUUAAAUGUAGAAGAGCAUUCUGCAGAGACACAGGAGGAGAAAGUGGAUAUCUCAAAGGUGCUCAGAGAGCUAUGGCGGGACUUCCUGCAGUGCUAUUCCUCCCGGCCUAUGCUCUGCUGGUCUGUGUGGUGGGCAUUCUCAACUUGUGGCUACUUCCAGGUAAUAAACUACACACAAGGCUUGUGGGAAAUGGUGCUGCCUUCUCAGAGGUUCGAGAUCUAUAAUGGUGGCGUGGAGGCAGUUUCCACACUACUAGGAGCUGUUGCUGUAUUUGCUGUGGGUUACAUAAAAGUGUCCUGGGCUACCUGGGGUGAGGUGGCAUUGGCCCUGUUCUCCCUCCUCAUUGCUGCUGCUGUAUAUGUCAUGGACACUGUUCGUAACAUCUGGCUGUGUUACGCCUCAUAUGUAAUCUUCAGAAUUGUCUACAUGCUGCUCAUCACAAUAGCAACGUUCCAGAUUGCUACCAAUCUAAGCAUGGAGCGGUACGCCCUGGUGUUUGGUAUCAACACUUUCAUUGCCUUGGCUCUGCAGACUUUGCUCACCUUGAUUGUUGUCGACUCCAGUGGUCUUGGGCUAAACAUAUUCACACAGUUCAUGAUCUACGCUAGUUACUUUGCAGCCAUAUCGCUGGUGUUCUUGGUCAGUGGCAUAUACAGUGUUAUGAAGAAUUACAGAAUGGCAUCUCUUCCUGUCAUCAGAUCUACUACAAGCUCUUCUUAGUGCAGCGAAUGAGGACAUGUUCAGCUGUCAUGUAUGAAGAUGAAGUAUUUAUUAGUGUCUUUGCCACUUGUUUUCAAAGGCAGUCAUCUGAAGUGUAAUUUAUACUAUAUUAGUAGCACACAUCAGAGGGGAAAUUAUUUAAUUAGAUCUUAUGUAAGUAAGAAUAGACAUUCCUUCUCAAAUGCCUUUUUUUUAUUGUUCAGUUCCAUGUGUACGGAGGUGCACUGAGUUAUCACAAGUUUGCUCAAAAGGUGAAAGGCUAGUGAAACCUGGGGCUCUGAAGAUCAUUAAUGCAAAUAAGGCUUUGUGUGUAUAAAUGCGCCCUCUGUCCACCUGUCAGUGUUUGAGCAUGAAAAGCCUGGAGCUACUGCAGGUCAAUGUGAGGUUCACUAGCAGAGCUGUGGGGAGGGGGAGAUCUGGGGCUGGAAUAGCAGGGGGCAUGCUGUAGGUCAGAAUGGAGGUGCAUUGGCUGAGCUAUGUUGUAGCUGGCAUUGUGCCUUACCCAUGCUGUUAGACGCACACUUCUGAGUUCUGAAUAUAUUUUAAAUUUGAGGUUUGUAUGUCUGCACGUUUCUUCAUAUCGCUUGUACUAUUUCUACCUGGUCUGCCAUCCCGUCUGUCAGAAUAUCAGAUGUACCUUUCCUUGGUUCUCUCCCCUGAAAGCUAAAAUGUGUUCUGGAUUAGCCUUCUGACACCAGUGAGUUGGCUGUUGGCAAAUACAUCUUGUUCUGGGAAAGUCCAUGCUGCCCUUUGCUUAAAAAGGGCUAUAAUGCUGGAGAGCACCGAAGAAGCUAUCUAUUUGUCCAGAAUACUGGUCUGUGGGAUCAUGGAUGUCCUUUUAGGACUCGACUCCUGUGAUGCAAAGGCCACUGACCCUGAAUGCUGUUACUGUAGUACACUAGUACUGGGAAUGAAGUUGACUGACUGCAGUUACUGCAGUUUUUUCAUUUAAAUACUCAUUUCUUUGGCAUUUUUUCUUUUAAAACACUUGGUGACAUCCUAUUUUGAUCAGAUCUGUCCAUUCUGAAACCCUUCCCCCUUUCUAACUGGACAAGAAAACUCAAUGCAUCCUAAAUCCUGCCUUUGUUUUGCAGUUUGGACCACUUGGGACUCGCCUGAGUAAUUUGGAAAAGGAAAUACACAAAAGAUUGCACUGCUGUAUCUAAAUUGGCCCUUUGGGGAGGGUCAGUUGCUAUGCUGUAUGCUUCCUAUCCAGCUGAUUCUACCUUUAUUUAUUUAUUUUUAAAUGCAACUGCGGUUUCACAGGGCCAAAGAUUUUUUUUUUUCCUGCUGAGAUCUGAGAAUUGUCCAUGGGGGGAUGUUGGGAAGGGAGAUAGUUCCAUGAGAGAAUGCUUUUCUUACAAAGUGAGCCACAGAAUUGUGUGUGUAAGCUCAUUAUUCUCCUGCUGUCCAGGACCUGAUCCAUCUCAGGUUUGAGUUACUUUAACAAGCCCAACAAGUAUAGAUGGACUUCAGGCAAAAAUCCCAGGAUCUGGACUUCCCCAAACUUCCUGAUGUUUGAAAUCUGGUUUCUUAAUGUUUCCUGGGGCCAUUUUUUGCUGACAUCUAUUUGUAUGUAACUUAGCUGCCAUAUCCUGAAAAAGAAACUUGAAAGGAACAUUUAAGUGUGUGUUUUAAGAAAACUUCUCAAGCAGUAUUAGAGGGUAGGUUUUAGGCUAGGAGAAAUAGUGAUUAAACAUAAUUUGAUAACUGUUCUUGGAAAACGGAUGGCCAUUUCAUAUGCAGCCCCUUGUGAUAUAACCUCAGCCUGGUUGUAGAUGAUACAGGAGCAUGGGGAUGAAUAACCAAAAGAGGAAGCUGAACCUCUAGCUGUGACUUCAGGGUGGGGAGGUGGGAGAAGAGACAUGGUCAGGGAUAAGGGGGCUGAAGCUGGGGCUGGGGCUGGAGCAGAGGUGGGAGCGAAAGGCCUGGGUGGUGCUCCGUCCCCACUCCCAUGGGGGAUGGCCUGGGCCCCACCAUGCCCUCCCCUUGUCCCGUGAGUGUUUGCCCCACAGUUUGGGGACCUCUGUUACAGAGUGAUGUUACUAAUGGAUUGUGGCAAGAUCAAAAUGUCUGUAGUAAAAAAGUUAUUGCCAUGUCUGUUUUAAAUAUAUGGUCACUUGACACUGUAUUUAUUUAAACCAAUGAAUGUAGGUAUCUUAAGCCUGGAAGUCCUUUUCAAGUUCUUAUGUUAUGCCAUGACUGUGGUAUCCAAAUGCUGCAGUGAUAGAGUAGUAUAAGAACCUAGAUGGAGAUUUUGUUGUGGAGGGAGUGAUGUUUGUGGAAGCAAAGGUACAUACAUAUGAAAUAUUGCAAACAAGACAUAAUCAUGGAUAGGACUUUUUUAUUUGGUUUUGUUCUGAUAUUACAGCAAUUUUAUCAAAUAAAGUAUUUUACAAAGUA